AUGGCGACGCAUGAUUUCCAGUGGACAGGUUCAUGGUGCUCCUCCGUCAAGGUUGAGUCGGACGAGGACCGCGGCUACCACCAAACUCAACGCCUCCAUAUCGCUCAAGGUCAUCAUCAGGCCAUUUUCCCCUUAGGUAGUACUGCCUCCAUGGAUGAAUAUCAGUUGACUGUUCUCGGCGACUUCAUUCAGUGUUGGCAGACUUUCGUGCAGUUUGCGACCAGGACGCAGGAAAACGGUUGCAACUCAGCACUGCGACGACGAUGCGCUCAGCUGAAUGCGACGGAGAUCCGUCCACCGGCGACAUCUACAUUGGAAAUGACGAACCCCGCGAUGCUCCAUCACGCCUCUGAAGUGAUGCACUUCGUUAGCAUCGGAGUCACUGGCCUCUUCAUAGCCUUUACGGUCCUCAAAAUAGUCUGUCUCGGCCGAAAAUUCUUUUCCAACAUCUAUGAGGUGACCGAUGCGCUUGUUAUCCUAGUAUCAUUUGUCUCGGACAUAUCGUACAUAAAACUGGACUCACAGGAAAUCUCAGCGAUGGUGAUUCUUCUCCUCUGGAGAAUUGUACGUCUCAUCAACGGUAGGUGGAUGUUUGUGUGGGCACAAGUGGUUGACCGCACGCCUAUUUGCGCCCUGUUUGCUCGUAUGUGUGAGGGAGGGACUGACUUCAAAGCAGAUCCCGACCAGAAUUACUUCCUUAUAAAUUUCGUCAGGCGCAUUGGUGAUGCCGUAGGCAAGAAUAAAAGCAAUUGCACUCCCUUUUUCCGCAUCUUCAGUUAA